AUGGCGCGAGCAAACAACAGACAAGGGUUGAAUUCGUGCCUGCCUACUCGAGCCGGGGCACGGGCAGCUGCAGCCCAGGAGGGCAACUCGCGGGAGCAAAAGGAGCUGGCGUUCCAGGAGGAGCAAGGAGCUGGCGUUCAGCAGGAGGCCCGCAUCUACCAGGGCGCGAUCCAGGUCUCCCCGGACACCGGCAACGUCGGCAGCUACCAGGACAUCAUGGUCAACAAGUCCGGCUCCGUGCUCCUCCAGCGCCGCUUCACCAUGUGGCGCCGCGUCGACAAUGGCAGUGGCAGUGCCACGGCCCCGCGCGUCCAGGUCGUGUCGUUCAACAGCACCUUCUCCAUCAACGUGUUCCACCUCCCGGACUCAUCGUCGCGGCCCGGCGAGGGGCUCACCUUCGUCGUCGCGCAGUCCCGCGACGAGCCGCCCCCCGACAGCUACGGCGGCUACCUCGGCCUCACCAACGCCACGCUCGAGGCCAACCCAACCCCGGCGAGGAACUGCUUCAUGGCCGUCGAGUUCGACACCACGAAGCAGGACUACGAUCCCAGCGACAACCACGUCGGCUCUGUCGUGUCUGUCAAGGUGGCAGGUGCCCGGCCCCGUACACCGCGAGGACUUAACACCAGCAACCUUGAGGCUAUCAUUGAUAUUGUCCAGUGGCUUUCAAACCUGACAAAUACCUUUUUACAUCACUACUAA